AUGCACAUAAUUCGUGGAUACGAUCUCACCUCUGGUGCUGCAGCUCUUGUUUACUGUAUUGUCGUCAGAAAGCUUCAUGGUGACGAAGUUGACGAAUUCAAGCCACACAAUGUUGUCAACACUGUGAUUGGAAAGAAAUGGCCGGCUCUUGGUUUCUGUUCCGAUGCCGUUGCUGGUUUGAUGGCCAUUACCCCUUGUUGGUGCCCUGCAUCUGUAGUCAUUGGCCUCCUAGGUGCCAUAUGA